AUGUCGGCCACCACGAAAGACGUGGCGCAGGUCAAGCGGGGCACGUCCUUCCUGCGCCUCAAGCGCGACCACGUCAAAAAGGACCGGCCUUCCAAAGACGCUCCCGGCGACGCCUCCACCACGUCGCCAACCUCUCCAUCUUCUUCUUCUCCGUCGUCGUCGUCAUCAUCGUCUCUGCCCGCCGUCCCCGAAGACCCAGCGCCCGAUGGAGAGAUCAUCGGGCCGGCCAGCGGCGGCGGCGGCGAUGGGUCGGUGGGCCGAGCGGGCGGGGUGGGCCUGGUCGAGCAGCUGCUGGCCGAGGCCGACCGGAAACGGUUCAAGCUGCGCGAGGUCGAGGACAAGCGCGCCUCCAUGAUGGGCUCCAUGGCGCCCAUCUCCCUCCGCGACCCACCGCCCACCCGCUUCGCCUCCUCCGAUGCCCUCCCGCCGCCAUCUGCCACCACCUCACCAUCACCUUCUUCUUCUUCGUCAUCAUCAUCAUUAGCACCAUCGUCUUCUCCGCGAUCCACGUCCGUGUCGAAUCUGAGCGGCGCGGCCGGCGAUCGCCACACAUUCGUGCGAAGCCCCUUUGCGGAUGCGGGCCGGCACGUGGCGCCCGGGCCCGGCGCCGGCGCGCCCGCGUUGCCGCCCAAGCGGGUGGGCGGAGGGGUGGCCCACUCCCUGCCCGCCAUGACCUCCGUGGCCGCCCUCAAGCAGCAGCCCUCCCCGCGCAGCAACAACGGACUCCACCACGAGAUCGACUCGGCCACCACCACCACCUCCACCACCAGAUCGUCAUCUCCGGGAUCGUCGCCCCGCGUUUCGCCUCCUCCGUCGUCGUUGUCGUCGGAGGCGGCGGUGUCGAGUCUGGCCUCGUCGCAAUCGCUGCUGGUGAGCUCGCCACGCAGCGGGGAGGCGGUGGAUCCGGUGCUGCAGCAGCAGCGCCUGCGUCAGCAGGUGGUCGAAGAGCUCGUCAACACCGAGACCGACUACGUCCGCGAUCUCAAACUCAUCCUCUCCGUGUUCUACAUGCCCCUCAAGUCCCGCGGUAUACUCGGGAAUGCGGAGCUGCAGAGCAUCUUCUCCAACCUCUCUGUGUUGCUCAACGUCAACGAGCAGCUGGAGCGCGCCCUCGCCGACAUGCGCGCCAAGAAGGACGACAAGGUGGGACACAUCUUCCUCGAAACGGCGGACUACUUCAAGAUGUACACGCAGUACUGUGCCAAUCAGGAGAACUGCAUCAGGACCAUGGACCUCCUCGAGAAGAAGAACAAGCCCUUCGCCAAAUUCCUCGACGAAUGUGCGGAGAAUCCGGCUACGCGCAGUCUCUCCUUCAACGCAUUCCUCAUCAAGCCCAUCCAACGCAUCUGCAAAUACCCCCUCCUCCUCCGGGAGCUGCUCAAGUACACGCCGGAGGAGCACCCCGACCACGCCCAGGCCAAGGCCGCCCUGGAGAAGGUGCAGGGCGUCGUCGAGGAGGUCAACAAAAAGAAGCGCGACUCCGAGAACCUCCAGAAGAUCCUCGAGAUCCAGGGCCAGAUCUCCAACAUCUCCGAGCUGGGCCAGUCGCUGGUGAAGCCCGGCCGCCAGUUCCUGCGGGAGAUGACGUGCAGCAAGAUCUCGUCGCAGGGCAAGACGCAGGAGCGGCACCUGUUCCUCUUCAGCGACCUCCUCGUCUUCGCCAGCUCCACCCUCUUCCAGCAGAAGAUCUCCGAAUUCAAGUCCACCAUCAAGGGCAAGGCGAGCGUGUCGAAUUCGCGUAAGAUCUACCUCUACAAGAGCGCCAUCCCGCUCAAGCGGUGCUCCGCCUGGUCCAUCCCCGACACCGACACGGCGCAGCACGGGUUCGAGAUCCUGCUGAUGGACGGGGACAAGAAAAUCGUCACCCUCUACUGCAAGACGGCCGACGAGAAGGACGAGUGGCUCGCCCACAUGACCGAGCGGGUCAAGUUCUACCAGGACAAGGCCAACAACAAGAAGCAGGACGGAGCAGCAGGAACGGUGAAGCUCGCCGCCCCUUCGGCUCUGUCCCAGUCCCACAUUCCGGUCAUGUUCGAGGGGGCGGACCUGGUGCUCACCGGCGAUGACCAGCAGCCGGCCUCCCCGCGCAGCGGCUCCUCCUCGCCCUCCUCCGCGUCCGCAUCGCCCGCCGGAUCCCUCAUCGGAGGCAUGGUCGGCCACGACGACGCCCCCGCCACGACCAUGGUCGGCCCGUUCGUCGUCGCCUCGUCGUCGUCGCAGUCUGUGGCGGUGCGGCCGCUUCUGUCGUCGGGCUCUCUGAUCGUGAGCGGGUCGCACGCGGUGCUGCCCAACACCGUCGCCUCGCGCGACACGACCGAGGCCGACGCGGUGCUCUGCGAUCUGCAGUCGUCGUCGUCCACGUCGCGGUCGCGCAAAGACCGGCGCGCGCCGGUGCUGCUCGAGAAGCGCUCGCUCGACGUCGAGAUGGAGCGCAUCGAGGCCUCGUCGUCGCACGACCACCUCGAACCCGUACCGGACCACGCCGCCGCGUCGGCCGAGCCCCGGCAGCCCCUCUCGCGCGCCGGGAGCGGCAUCGUCCCGGUGGCCGACGGCCACAACCGCCUCCGCGGCAACACUCUCGAACCCGGCGCCGGUGCCGCCGCCCUUCCGUCGCCGUCAUCGGCCGACGGGGCGUCGCCGCGGGGCACGACGGCGUCCGCGGCGUCGGACCUGGUGAGUCCGCGGAGGGCCACCCUCUCCACCGCCACCGCCGUCCCGCCGCUUCGCGCGUCGUCCGGCACUUCAUCCGCCGCCGCCGACAACGGUCCGACGCCUUCGCCCGGCUCGGGAGGCAGCAGCAGCAGCGCCGCCCGCUCGCCGAGGCGCACCUUCUCGUGCCACCCCUCCCCGGCGCCCUCCGAUCCCGCCGCUGCCGCUGCGGCCUCCACGCCGUCGACGGCGGCAGCCGCCGGCCCUCCCCCUUCGCCCGCGGCAACGCCCUCGCCAGGAUCGGGCGGCCCCUCCUCCGCGGCCGCCGCUGGGCGUGGGCGAGCGCCGCCGCCACCGUCGACUGCGUCCAAGCCGCGCUUCACGAUGACCAGCGGCGGCGGUGGUGGGAAGCCUCCGGUGGUGGGCACCACCAACCCGCUGCCCCUGGCGGCCUUCGGGCAGAUGGCCGAACCGGCGCCGUUCCCCUCUUCCCCCUCCUCCAGCUCCCUCCCCGAAUCUCCCUCUCCCCCUCCGUCCGGCGGCUCGUCUUCCACGUCAGCGCCGUCGUCGCCGUCGCCGUCAUCGACGCUGUCACCACCGGCGGGCCAGCAGUCGGCGGCCGCGGGUUCGGGCGACGCGGGCUUCCGCAGCCGCGUGUCCUACUACACGCCCAACCCGAUCACCGACGACGCCUCCACCACCACCUCCCGAGCCACGCGCCCGCGCGGCGGACCCCGCGGACGAGGCAGGGGCUGA